CCUCAUCGUCGCCUAGUUCACGGUCAACCGCUUCAGCUGUACUCCCUACUUGUGAGCAGCUCUCAUCUCGGCCACAGGCAAAUAUGCCCGAUCGCGCGAUGCGUCUGCCUCAAGAACUCGUGGAUGCCAUCGUCGCGCACGUCGACUACGGACGAACGUUCGAAAAUACCUUGCUCCUUCUUCGUGCACUGUCUUUUCGCCUCAGAUCUGCAUCAAUCUGCAUGACGAUACCAUCGACCUCACCGACGAGAGGUCCUAUCGCACGCUCUUCGCGCUCUUCGAUCUCUCUCCCUCCAUCCUCUCCAACGUAUGCCACAUCAAGAUCGACUUUCAAUAUCCCAUAGACCACUUUCCACAAGAAAAUUCACCGGUCACGUUGCUUCGUACAUGUCCUGGUCUUCGGUCCAUACACCUCUACAGUCUCCUUCCGUCGAGGCUAUCCGACGAGCGCCGACGCACCGUACUCCACGCCAUGCAGUUCCCUACCCUCGAGACGCUGCGGCUGACCUCCUGUCAACUAGACCCGCACCUGAUGAUGGAGCUCAGUGCCCUGCAGAUGCCACCCCUACUGACGAAGAUACACCUUUCUUCAGUCAGGCUAUCGAGCAGGGUCCAAGACCAGCUCAACGCGCAACCUCCCACCGCACCACGUGGACAUGCGCCUGCCUUCACGACGUUCGUGAGCGACCAAAAGAGUCUUGCCUUCGCGCGUCUGCUCUAUAGCUCGCGACCGUACCCCUUCGGCAACCUGCGCGAGCUUGGGAUCACCCGGGAUAGGGCAGAUCCGUCGACGUCCAAAGCUCAGCAGUUGCUCAGAAAAAACCCGCGCUUAGCGUGCCUCUCAACUAGCUGCGGAGACUCACCGCCACGUUAUGACCUAUCCAUCAACGUCGCGUUGCGCACCCUCAGUAUACACCUGUUCGUGGUGGAAGCAUGGACUCCGAUAGGCGUCGUCGCACUUCUGGAGUCCAUUCCUGCUUCCGGGGAGCGCACUCUAGAACAUUUCAGGCUUAAGAGCGCGAAUGACGGAGCCAGAACUGUAGAGGCGCUGGAGGGAUGGCAGGCGAUGGAUACUGCGCUGUGCCGAUUUGAGGCCCUACAAACGGUCGAGAUGCACUUCGGUAUGGUUUGGGCUUCCGCGGGCGAGAAGCUGGCGGAACUACCAGGUUUUAUGGAGAAGGUGCAUGAGAGGGGGAUACUAAACAUCACUUACACGCCUCAUCAGAAGUGACCUGAUAUGCGCGUUUGAGAAGCUUGAUUUACUUUACUGUAGUCAUUUGGAGAAUGGUUGAUCUGUACUAGUAGUCUCUAUAGCAGCGACUUGCAGGACUUCACCGAC